AUGGAGCCCAUGCAAGUGGAUGCCCCUGCAGCCAAUGCUGCUCCAAUGGCAUUAGAAGUCUUGUCACUUAUAAACGAUUCACGCAUGACCUAUGGCCUCCGUCAUCAGGAUUAUCAACGCUACCGUGAAUACUGUGCUCACCGUGUACGACGUCUGCGUCAGCUGUUGGAGCUCACAAAGCCGAACAACAAGAACGUCAACCAACAAAAACGACUACCAGAGACUUUCUCGGACGCGCGUUUCUUGCAUCUUUACGUAUUCCAAGUCGAGCGUGCAUGGGCUCAUGCCAUGGAGUUGAAGCAGGAAUCAUCAUCGAGCAUGGAUAUGCGAAAACGCCAUCAUUUAAGGAAACGAUUGAAAAAGGCGAGUCAACAUGCAGAUGCCUUGUCUGAUUUGUGCGAUCAACAAUCCGUGGAAUCUCGUUCAGUAUUGGAUGUCAAGGCAUACGGUGCAAGGAUGAAAGGGUAUCUCUUGGUUGAACAACAAGAAUGGCAAGCUGCUUUGGAUCAAUUUGUCAUCGCUAGGGUGAUCUAUGAUGAAUUUGGUACAGCAAGUGAUGAUCCACAGCAAGAGGCAUUGUGCUAUGUAGCCAUUGAUGACAUCGAUCCCAACAUCCGUUUUUGUGCUUACAAAUUGCAAUUGGAUACGAGCAACAUUCCUCACUUGGUGGAUGAUCUACGAAAGAAGAAUACAACCGUCUCUGCGCUCGAGCCACAGCUGUCACAGGUCACCCAGUCAAGUAAAAAGGAACGCCCUACAUUGAAAUGGCGUGGUACGACCAUUGUGCUGCGAAAUGAUACAGUCGUCAAGGCAUUGGAAGCAGCUCAACAACAGUCAGAAUGGAAUGAGGCAGAAAAGGUGGUCAAAAAGGCUGUCAAGGAUGAUAAGGAGGCAACAGCCAAGGUGGCUUCUUCGCAAUCAGCAAAGUCAACCCAGGAUCUUCAGUCCGUGUAUGCUUACGUGACCUACAAUUUGAAUGCACGCAUCAUCCAGCGCAAUAUUGAAUCGGCAUUGAAGGCCAAAUCACAAGAUGCAGUUCGAUUGUUUGAUGACAUUUUGCAGAUUAUCCAAACCCUGCGUGAACUUCCAAUGGAUGAUGAUCUUGCAACCGCCUUUGAAGCUGAAUUGGAUGUUUUGGAACAUUAUUAUCGUGGAUACAGAUGCAUGUACGUUGCACAAGUGUAUGGCGAUUUGGAUCGUGCUGCAGAAUCGGUGGCCAUGUAUCAGCGAGCUCAAACCUACAUGGUGCAAACAAAGCAACAAUUGCAACGGCUGAAUGGAUUCCAACCUGAUACGGCAUUGACAGUAACAGAGGAGGAUCUUUCAAAGUUGGAGCAGCGAAUUAGAAGUGGAUCAUGGAAAAUGCAUGCAGCUUGGCAUCUCGCACAAGAUAAGAAUACUAGCACAAGUGAAUUGUCAAGCAAGCUCGAACAACUCAAACUUAAUAACGACACUUAUUUGAUCGAUGAUCUCGAUUCUUAUCCUGCUGCCCUGACGCAAGAUUCGGCAAUGCCAAAGUUGGUGCCUUUCCCUCCUAAACUCGAGGCUGUGGUGGCCAAGCCUUUCUACUUUGAUCUGGCUGCCAAUCAUGUGCAAUACCCCGAUAGCUUAACUCUCCGUGCAGAAGAUAGAUCUUCAGGCUUGUUUUCCAAGUUUUUUGGUUUUGGAAAGUCUUAA